AUUUCUAUGACAUACACGCAGAACCCUUAGAGGAAACGAAGAAGAUAUUCUCCGGAAGCUCCAUUUUCUGAACACGCGGUACGUUCGGCCUUUCUGGCAGCGCUGUGAGUAGCAAUAUGGCUAAGAUCAAGGCGAGAGAUUUGCGUGGUAAAAAGAAAGAAGAGCUGCUCAAGCAGUUGGAUGACCUAAAGAAUGAGUUGUCACAGCUCCGUGUGGCCAAAGUAACCGGUGGAGCUGCUUCUAAGCUGUCGAAGAUCCGCGUUGUACGCAAAUCGAUCGCCAGAGUCCUGACGGUCAUCAACCAGACCCAAAAGGAAAACCUGCGAAAAUUCUACAAGGGCAAGAAGUACAAGCCCCUAGAUUUGAGGCCCAAGAAGACCAGGGCUAUGCGUCGACGCCUCAACAAACACGAGGAGAGUCUGCGGACAAAAAAGCAGCAGAGGAAAGAUCUCCUCUACUCAAUGCGUAAAUUUGCUGUUAAAGCAUAAAGGAUUUUUUCUUUACUAAAUAAAAGAUGUUCAAGAAUGA